AUGGGGGUCCCGCGGCUGCUGGUUGUGGGGCCCCGCGGAGAAGAAAUGCACUGGCUGCCUUGCGAGCAUGAAAGUCCAGUGGUCUUGAAGGAGUGGGACUUCAUAGCGAACCAGUGGCCCAUGGGGCCCCCUGCUGCUGCUGCACCGCAGCAGCAGCAGCAGCAGCAGCAGCAGCAGCAGCAGCAGCAGGGCAGCGACAGCUGCCCCCCUAUCUUUGAGUGGCCCCUGACCCCGCAGGCAGCAGCUGCUUGGCCGCGGCAGCAAAAGAGGACACAGGAUUCCCCACAGCACCACUAA